AGCCAGAAGGGUGGUGUUUGUGGGUCUCCUGACCAAGAAUCCCAUAGUAACUAAAUUGUCACCCUAAUCAAAAGGAUAUGUGAGUUCUGUUGUGCUAACAGUAACAUUAAGAUUUGCCUUGGGGGGAAAAAAUUCCAGUAUAUCUCUUUCUCAUUCCUAAAGGUAACCCUGCCAUGUACUCUUGCAACUCUGAAUUGUUUCUAUAGAAUGGAACAUUUGAUCACAAGAAUAAGGCAAUCUCUUUUCUCUCUCCAUCUUUACCACAGUGGUCUCUAUUCGGAAUAAAUAUUCUUUUAGUUCUACAUUCUUGUGCAAUAAUCAAGCCUUAGUUGUGGUUGUUUUUUAAAAAUGCUAUAUGGUCUAUGGAAUUGAAAAGAUUAUUUCCAUGUUUUACAGCUAUCUCUCCUACCUUGGUUUUCAUUUUCCCAACCUAACAGCAUUUACUUUAGGACAAGGAUUUACACAUCACUGGAUCAGGGAACAGAGGCAUCUUUAUUGCAUUUACAUUCACUGGGCUUCAAAGACCCUGAACAUUUUCAGUCCAUGGCUUAUCAUUUCUACUCAGGCCACCCCUGGACUCAUUACAUUUGUAAGACUUGAUUUCUCUUCUCUUUCUCAUCUGAGAGCAGGUGGACCAAGACAAUUCUUUGGAGACUUGACAAGUGAUUUCUCUGGAGAGAGGCACAUCUCUCUAGUCUGCCAAGGAAUGGAAAUUCAGACAAUUGCAUAGAUCAUUUUGAAUGGUGCCAAAUAAAUUCCACGAAGUGCUACUGGCAAUAAUUACAACAUGUCACUGGGAAAUGUGGUGAUUUUCUUUUAGCAUCAGCCUAGUCUUGUCCUGAGUGCCAUGAAAAUGACAGAGAGAUAGCAUAAACAGCUUUCUCCAUAGACAUAGCACAGAUUUCUCAUAAUCAGGGAAAUGAAGGGGUUGAUAUGCUUCUUUACCAUGAAAUGUCUGGAACAGGAUGCCAGGGAUUAAGUAGGAACCACUUAAAACUUACUGUUCUUUGCUCACAGCACACUUGUCAACUACUCCAAAAAUUAGGCAAAAGACCACCAUUUUGUUAUAAGCAUUGGCUCUGGGUCCCCGACUGAGGAAAGAAGUAACCUGUUGUAGCUUAUGAAAAGGAAAGCUCUUUUGGAAGAAUGGAAAGUCCUGAUAGCCAGUCUGAGAGUCUUCUCCUUACAGGCAACAGCAUCCUAAAGUCUACUAGGAUUUUAGGUUCAACAGCAAGACUGUGUUUUAUACAAACAGGACCAGAAAGUCACAUGAAAGGGCCGAGCAAGAUCAUGGACAAAGCAGCUGUGUGAACCCAACUAAAAAAUUAAAAAAAAAAAAAAAAGGUACUAAUAAGCCAAGGAAGGCUGUAGAAAUGGCGAGAAAAUACAGAGAGGCUUAGGAGGGAUAAAACAGGAGGAGGGAAUCGGAGGGAGGGGAGAGAGGAGAAAGCCGAGCGCGGACGUCAGGAACAAAAGCUCCAGCGGAGUCUGGCAGAGGCACUAAGGGAACAGGGGUGUUUUGAAUAAUUAUUAAAAUUAGCAUGUGUCUGCGCCAUCCUGUGGGUGUGGCGCACAGCAGAGUGUAAACUCUAGCGGGGCUGGAGCAAACAUUGGAUUAGCGGCAGCAGCCUGCCAGCCUGCCCGAGGAGUGUGAGGACCAGAGCGCGGCACACCGACCCGCACGAUGGCCUCGUCUCAAGGGAAGAACGAGCUGAAAUUCGCCGACUGGAUGGCAACUCUGCCGGAGACCAUCCACAGCAUCCCCCUCACCAAUUUAGCCAUCCCAGGAUCUCAUGACUCCUUCAGCUUCUACAUUGAUGAAGCCUCUCCAGUGGGGCCUGAACAGCCAGAAACUGUCCAGAAUUUUGUCUCAGUGUUUGGAACUGUGGCCAAAAAGCUGAUGCGGAAAUGGCUAGCCACUCAAACAAUGAACUUUACUGGUCAGCUAGGAGCCGGGAUCCGUUACUUUGAUCUUCGCAUCUCCACCAAGCCCAGAGACCCCGACAAUGAACUCUACUUUGCUCACGGGUUGUUCAGUGCCAAAGUCAAUGAAGGCCUUGAGGAGAUCAACGCAUUCCUCACAGAUCACCAUAAGGAGGUAGUUUUUUUGGACUUCAACCACUUUUAUGGGAUGCAGAAAUACCACCAUGAAAAACUGGUCCAAAUGCUGAAAGACAUCUAUGGAAAUAAAAUGUGCCCAGCAAUUUUUGCCCAGGAAGUGAGUCUGAAGUACCUGUGGGAGAAGGACUAUCAAGUUCUAGUCUUCUACCACAGUCCAGUGGCCCUGGAAGUACCCUUUCUCUGGCCUGGGCAGAUGAUGCCAGCACCCUGGGCCAACACCACAGACCCAGAAAAACUGAUCCAGUUUCUUCAGGCAUCCAUCACUGAGAGAAGGAAGAAAGGCUCGUUUUUCAUAUCUCAGGUGGUGCUGACCCCCAAAGCUAGCACCGUGGUCAAAGGGGUGGCCAGUGGUCUCAGAGAAACGAUCACAGAAAGUUCAUCUGGAGGUUGGAAAUCUGAACUGAAGGUAUCAGCAAGGCUGGUUAAUUCACAGAGGCUCUGAGGUAAAAACUUCCAUGCUUCUUUCCUAGAUCCUGGUAGUUGUAGGAAAUUCUCAGAAGUCCUUGAUUAAUGGGUGAAUCAUUCCUGUCUCUGGUUCCUAGUCCACAAUGCCUUCUCUAUAUUUAUCUCUGUGUCCUCUUCUCUUCUUCUUCUUAUUCUUUUUUUUUUGUCUUUUUUGCCUUUUCUAGGGCUGCACCCACGGCAUAUGGAGGUUCCCAGGCUAGGGGUCUAAUCGGAGCUGUAGCCGCCAGCCUACACCACAGCCACAGCAACGACAGAUCCUUAACCCACUGAGCAAGGCCAGGGAUCGAACCAGCAACUUCAUGGUUCCUAGUCAGAUUCGUUAACCACUGAGCCACGACGGGAACUCCCUCCUCUCCUCUUAUACGGACACCAUAACUGGAGAUAGGGCCCACCUUAAUCCAGUCAUGGUGCCCUUAUAAGAAAAGGAGAGGACACAGAGAUAACUGUGGUCACUGCUGUGGUGCAGGGUUUGAUCUCUGGCCCAGGAACUUCCAUAUGCCUCAGGCCACCCCCCCAAAAAAAAUACUGAAAAAUAAAAUUUGAAUUAUUAGUGUGUAAAAACCUAUUUGGAACAUAUAUUUUCUUAUAUACUGACAAUACAACAAAGAAAUACAAGUCCUGGACACCAAAUAGGAUCAUGUUACAUUGCUAUGUAACUAUAAAAAUGUUCUGAUCAACCAGUGUGUCAUUUUCUUAGAACUCCCCCAUUACACGUCACUGUAGAUGACGGUGUUAUGAGCCAGUAGCAGCAGAGAUGAAAGAGAUGCGAGGGAUUCUGACUGAAUUUUGACAAUAUAUAGAUCAGGACGUUAUGGAGUGAGAAGGAAAGAAAACAUAAGGUUGACUCCAAAGAAAAUUUGAUUUGAUAUGAGCUGAAAGGAGGCAAACAAUGAAAGAGUAACUAAAGGGGAAAACUUGGGUAGGUAAGGAUUCGGUUUUGGACACACUUGUUCCAUAAACCCAUAAACUCCAAGUGAAGAUGCCACGGAAACAGUUGCAUAUGUGUGUUUGGAUUUCAAGGGGAAGUUCCAAGAUGUAAUCAUUCAAGUGUUGUUAGGAUUUAAAUCCAUGAGACUUAAAGAGAUUACCAAGGAAAUAAGUGUAACUAUUUCUAUAUCUUAACAAUAAUGAUUAUUUUUAAUAACAUAGAUCAUAACUUAUCAUAUGUGCUUAUGGGGAUGAACGCAAAUCAUUUUUUCCACAAGUUCUUGUGUCCACACUCCAUUUUGUUUAGAACUUGGCCUUCACAAGCCUUCUUUUGUUACCAUUCAACACCAGGGAUCUGCUGGCAGAUCUUUUGUUACCAUUCAACACCUGGCAGAGGUCACGACAAUGAAUGAGCUUGUUGCUAAUCCUUUAAAUUAUUUCCAUAGAAAUUUAAUGGUACAGAUCAAUAGAGAAAGUUAUUAAAAGGCAACUUGGGAGAAUAAAGAGGCAAAUAAACAUCCUGUUGAUCAGUGAACAUUAAAGAGUCUUCUCAUUCAGUAAUUUGCUUUAGGACCUACCUAGGAAAUACUCCAUCCUAUUUUUCAGUGCCUAAAAUAUUUGAUUAUUUGACAAAAUAAACACAUUGCCUAUGCUUUGACUAGAAUGUUAUAUAUAUAUAUCUGCCCAACAAGUUAUAAACACAUAUUUAUCGACGCACUCAAACAAAAGGACAAGCUCUGAUUUGCCAAUGGCAUGCCAACCUAAGCAAUUCACUAAUAUAAGUUCGGAAUCACAAAACCUCUUCUUGACUUGAGAAAUUUCCAAUAGAUCCCGCUGUCUUCCUGUACCUGUUGUUUUCGAGUGAAGACCUUCCUACCAAGGCAGUUAAAAGGAAAGCAAUUUUGGUGCAAAGAAUAAUGUGUAAUCCAGUGUUUCACGUGUUUUCAUCAGUUUAGCCACAAAGAUGUCAGUCAUACACCCAAGCCUAAAUUAAAUAUCCAUAAUCUCAACAAAUAGCUGACCUCUCAAAGAGAAGAGACAGUCUUUCAUUCAUUGAAUUAGUCUUUUCAUUGAAUGCCCCUUUUUUCCCAGGUAAUCUACUAUAUGCUGCAGAUGCAGAAGUGAAUGGAAUAUAAACCUACUUGUCCUCCUGGAAAAAGAUUUACAUUAUAGCAAGGAAAACUGAAACUAAUGAUUAUGCAAAUAGUUACAUAAUCACAAAUGUGAUGUAUGAAGUGAAUUUAAUGAGUAUAAGUGAGUGUACAUACAAAAGCAUUACCUGACUUAAUCUAAGUAUCAUAGCAGGCUCCUAGAAGAAGUGAUGCUUUAAUUGAGUUCUAAAGGACAAGUGGGUGCCAGGUAAAUAAAGAGGAAGGAAAGUUCAAGCAGAGCUUGGGGAGAAGUACUAAGUGGAAGCAUGGAAUGCUCAGGAAUUAGAAAGAAUUCCAGUGAGGCUCAUGAAGGUUGAGAGGGAAUGGGCUUGAGACAGAGGUUAUGGAAGAUCUUGUGGAUUGUGAGAAGCAUUCCAAACUAUUUUAAAGGCAGUCUCAUGCCAUUAAAGAUGCGAGGCAAGUAAUCAUAUUUGUUUGUUAAAAGAUUACUCUGGAUGCUAUAUGGAGUAUAAAGUAGAAGAACCAAAAAAAAUAUUUUGUAAGAAUUUAGAAAAGAGAUGAUGAUGGUUUGGACUAUAGCAAGGGCAGUUGAAGUGAAAAAAUGUAGGUGGGUUUAUUAUUUUAUGUGUGUGUGUGUCUUUUUUUUUUUUAUGGCCAUGCCCAUGGCAUAUGGAGGUUCCCAGGGUAGGGGUCGAAUUGGAGCUGUAGCUGUCAGCCCACACCACAGCCACAGCAAUGUGGGAUCUGAACCACGUCUGCGACCUACAACAUAGCUCAUGGCAAAGUCGGAUCCUUAACCCACUGAGUGAGGCCAGGGAUUGAACCUGUGUCCUCAUGGAUACUAGUCAGAUUCCCACUGAGCCACAAUGAGAACUCCUGGUGGGUUUAUAAACAGGAUUUAGUCUUUGACUCAAUAUGACGGUCAGGAAGAAAUGGGUCUAAGAUUAUUCCCAUGAUUCUAACUUGAGAAAAAUUAAGAAAUUGUGCUAAUUAUGAAAAUGGAAGAGAUUCCAAGAUGCACACAUUUGGAAUGAUGUAUCAUUGGUUCAAACCUUGGGAAUAAUGAAUUUUAGAUACUGUGUGAUGGUGUGGGUAGCUCUUGAGAAGGCAGAUGGGUGAACUGGCUGAAGAUAUUAAUCGUAGGACAAGGUGAGCAUCUCCAGAUGUGCUUAGGAAGAGAACUUAGAUGGAAACAAAGCCCCCUCUCAAUUAUUGAAUGAUGACAACAGGACACAGACAUAACCAAAGGAUAUAUCAUUAAUAGAUAUCCUUUGUGAUGUGGGCCCUCAAGUUAACUUUAACUUUCCUUACCAAUCUUUUCCACCUAUAGGUAAGUAGCUUCCUUGUGUUUUAGUCCUACUCAGAUAAGAUUUGAGCCAUCUUGUUAGUGGGAAUGAAGAAGUGAAGCAAUAUUGCUAAGAAAUUUAUCUCCCUAAGAAACAGUAAAGGCUAAAAUUUUAAGUAUAAAAGAAUAUAUAUUAGAUGAAAAUUUCACAUUAUAAACAGAAACCAGAGGCGAAUAUCAAGAAAACAGAGUUCAUUGAGUAUAAAUUCUCAACACUGACCUAGCAGUAUAUAAAGUAUUUUAAAAAUGCUUGCUAUACAUCAGGUUUAUGAUUAAUCAAGGGUAAUGAUGCAUAGAUGAAAUAUAUUUAAGUAUUAAGUGGCACAAAUUUCAAAACCAACAUAUGCUCAAACAUUUGAAAAAUCAUUUGAUAGACUAUGUUGUAUCUACAUCUGAGGAUACAGAAAUGAAUAAAAUAUUAGUUUCAUUAUGGAAAGUUAAUUUUGAGGGGAAAACAGAGGAACAUCAAGCAAUUACAAGUGUAAUCAAUAUGCAUUUCCAUGGGAACAUGUAAAUUAGAUCAAUGAAGUUGGUGGGGGAAUGGGACAUUGGUUGAGGUUGAUGUUAAAACGUGCAUGCGCUAAAUGGGAAAUACCGGAAGGAUUUUACAAGUGUAAGGCAGCAUGACAAAAGAAUGGAAGAAUGAAAGAUUGUGGUGGGCUCAGAGACUGAUAUAUAGGCGUAUGGAGGGAAUUGAUAGAAGAUUCUGGAAUGAUGGAUUGGAGUUUAGCGCUAUGGGUGUUAUCCUAUAGGUAAUGAGGGAGGACAUGACCCAUUCCCAAGAUGGAGGUGAGUCAUAUUCUGGCAUGAGACCUAGAUCUGGAUAUUAGUUGAACAGAAUGUUACCUAAGUCAUUGCAAGACUAUGACAAAUUGUGUUCAAAAGAGAACACAACUGCUCGACAUUAGUAAAGCUAAAUCUAUCAAGUGUGAACCGUAAGUACUCUGUGUGAUGACAAGAGUAUCACUAGGCAAGUGGGUUUCAGGAAUGGGUGCAUAACAAAAAGCAGGAGUAGUGUAAAAUUUAGGGUCCAAAGGCCUGGGGAAACCAAAGAUUUGUUUAAUUGGCCUCUGGCUAGGACAUGUAUGAGUUGGCCUGAUUAAAAAGAAUAUAGACAUCAGGAGGCAUGUAUGGUUGUUGAAGAAGAGGCUGGCAUAAUCAGAAGAUAUUUUAGAAGAAUUGCACUGGGGUAUGAUGAAAGAUGGAGGAGAGAUAAAGUAAAAAGAGAUCAUGAGAGUGUUCUUUGUUCUUUUGUCAAAGUGAAAGUUCUGUCUCUUAGAAAGAAUUUGUAAGUGGGCCUCAGCACCAUGUUGGUUGUUGUCCAGGGCAUCCUGCCUUAGUCACCUUUAAGUUUUAGCCCAAAAGCCUGUGUCUGGAAAUCAAUACAGAAGGAGCUAAGUUGUAGGCUCAAGUCUAUUUAGGAGUCUACUAUGAAAUUUCCUGAAGUUCUCAACUCUCCAUUUCCAUUAUUUCCAUACGCCACGAAUCCUGACUUUUUAUACAGGAUUAUGCACCACAGUGUAGCAGAAAGAACUUGAGCUCUGACCACAUGUUUUUAAAAUGAUUGAUGAAAUUACCUUGUGACAGAAGAUGUCUGUCCAAAGGAAAAAAAAUUAUAUGGCUUAAGUAUCUGCACUUCGAGCUGCAAUCGCUUCCGCAAAGAGGUUCUGCAGACUGGUCACUGCUUUUUAAUGAUUCCAUUGACGUCAGAUGGUGUCUAGUACAACCAGCUAUUUUCGUAUCAAUUGAAAAUACAGCAGCUAUCUCUCUUCUGAAUUUGAUCACGGAGCAACAAUGAAAUGCAUGCCACUGUCAUAAGGUAGAUGAACAGGCACUUCUGGGUUAUGUUAGAGAGAAUAUGAGUUUUUCUCAAGCUGCCCUGGAGCAAUGGUUGCAGUUGUCAAUUGUACAAAUCACUGGCUGCUUUUUCUUAAUGUAUUUGCAAGGAAAGAAGAAAGGGAAUAUUUCAUUCUGCUGAUCUGAGAGUAACCACAAGAAAGCCAAGCAUAGUACACAGUCUUCAGGAAAACAGCAAGAUUAUCAAUGCAGGGCAAGGAAGCGAGCAAGUGUAAAAUGGUUCAUGUCCUUUUCUCCAUCUUAAUGUUGAUUCCCUUGAUGAAAAAGAAAGUGGAUGAUCAGGUUCAGGGCCAAGAAGUUUUUCUGGGUCCCAGGACUCUGAGGGGCACUUUCCGUGACUUUGAGACUGUGAUUCCCGAAAUUAAUCUGAAUAUAACCAAUUGGAUGUAUUCUUAUGCAGAUGUUACUGAAAAAUAUCUCCUGAUAUUACCAGACAGUAAUCUCUGGAGUACAAAACAUUACAUAUAAGCACACAGCAGCAGCAGGACGACCAUUGUUUCUCAGCAGAAUCCUCAGAGUAGCUUUGAACAUAUUUUCAUGGGCUUUCAUAUUUUGAGUAGAAAUAAAGCAAACAGUGAUCAACAAACAUCACAUGAAACGUGUUCAAUAAAUGUCCCUUGACCACAAUAACAGAGGUCAUGUAGCAGAUGUUUAAAUCUCCCUAUAUAAAAUCAGUUUCUUGUAUAUAGAAUUUUGUUGGUUUCAGAAGGUAUGAACUCAUUAUUUUCAAAAAUAUGAGGGUGAGGAGGGGAGAAAUAAAUAUUCAAGUUCAAACCCAUAAAUAUCAAACUCAAAAUCAUCAACUUUUUGUGACGACCUUGCUUUCCUAGAUAAAUACAGACAUUUCAGCAAGACCCUUUAUUUGCUGGUCUGUAUUAUAUGAUGGCACUUUAUAAAUUCUGAAUUUUAAAUUGCAUAUGAUAAUAUCAGCUCCCAAAUGUCAGGCAUCAUGAUGAAUUGGCUUUUCAACUUUUCAAGCCAUUCGCUUUCUUUGCCUCCAAAAUGUCAAAUGUAAAGUUUCCUGAUAACAAAGCUGUGCAAGGCAUGUUAUUAUUUUUUUUUUGCAGCAAUCAUAAUGUUUAAUGGACAAUCCUUCCAAAGCUUGUUUUAUAUGUAAAAGCCUAUGUUCUUUGCCUGAUAUUCUAAUUGUUCAGACGGAGUCACUUUUUAAGUAAGUUAAUCAAUAAAAUCCAACCCCCAAUAUAGUAAACUUGAAAUGAUUGAUUUCUCCUACUUCUAUUGUACUAAAAUUUGUGUUAAAACUGUUCAUCCAAUGCUUAAUUAAUCUCUUAUUUUUAAUUUGUCAUUUGUUCCAGACACACAGAUGUUCAUUUGCCCUUUUGGAAAGUGGAGGUAGCACAGCUAAAAAAAGAAUUUCAAGGCUCAUGAAUUUUUCUUCACUAACAUCUUAAUCUAGCAAAACUGACAUAAGAAUUGCACCUUGUAUUUCAUGGAAUGUUGUUACGAAGAAAUACUGAAAACUGGACUAUUAUGCCUUUUUAUGUUCAUCAAAGCUCAAAUGAAACCCUCAUUAUCAAAAAAUACAGAAAUUAACUCACACACUCAUUCAUUCAGUACGUAUUUAUUCAUAGAAUAGCUACCAGGUUCCAUGCAUUAGGCUAGGUAAGAAAUGCAAGGAUAAAUAAAUUUCUGGCUUGGAGGAGUUGGAAUUUAAGGUGGGAACAGGCUGUACCAUAGCCAUGGACAGUAGGAGCUCAUAGGUCCAAGGCUAUUCAUGCCUUCCUUCUGGACAUGACUUUGAAAUUAAGUUCCUAAACUUCUAAAAAUGAAUAUUAUGCAACAAUUCUUGAAAAAUUUACCUAAACUGUAAUCUAACAUAGCUCUGAAGGACAUCCUUUCCUUGCUGAGGUCACAUUCCCAGUCCUCUUUACUGUUGUGCUCAGCAAUGCCUCCCCUAUAACCUAAAUCAGGGCACCAUGCCCUUAUAUGUUCCAAAACACACACAAACGCAGGUUUCCUAACAUGAAAAUAAUUGCAUGUAUUGCUCCAUUUUCAGCAAAUUACUUCUCCAUUUUCUAUUUUAUCUCAGGAAAACAAGUUGGCCUUCCAGUCAGUGCUAAUGGUCCCAAGCUUGUCUUUUUUUGUGGAGGGACCAUCUAACUCUCAGAUGGCUUGACUAACAAGAAAAAAAUGUCAACACAGAAGCCUCAAAAACCCUUCCUCCAUACUGGCAACAGGAGAGAAUAAAUAUAGUCAUAUUAUAUAUGCAUCAAAUAGCUCUGGAAAAAUACACAAGAAGAUGGUAACAUCGGCUGCCUCCAGGAUUGGGACUUGAAUGGCUUAGAGGCGGUGAUUGUAAGAACAUUCUCACUGAAUGCCUUUGUAAGCCUUUUAGACAUGCGAAAUGUGCAUCCAUUUCCUAUUUAAACACACACACACACACACACACACACACACACACACGCUAGUGGGUUUGGUCGAGAAUAGAACAUUCUCAGGCCCACUAAACAGAAUAUUCACACAUAGUUUCAAGACCUUUCAUUGAUCUCACUCUCCUCUAAACCAGAGGUCCCAAAAUGCUCUGUGAUUUUCUCUCCCUGAUCAAGCCAGCAUUCUUUUCCUCAUUCUAUUUUCCUUUCCUGCGCUAUCUUUUUUAGCAUCCUAAAUGCCUACAAUUGCCAGCUUUAUAUUUGCCCCCACCCGCACCUGCUCCCGCCUCAUGCCCAAGGUAGUUCAAAGUCUCUGGGAAGCUGCCUUUGUGAAUUAAGUCAGGGGAACAAUAUUGUGUAGAAUCUGCUGGUGACAUAUGAACACAUUUUCCCCUCUCUGUGCUUCUGCCCCUGUGCUCCAUGUAGAAAUUUUAUUCCUUAUAAAAUAAAACCAAGUGAAUGUAUUAAAAAUAUAGGAAACUUUGUGAAUUCUCAUCUACCUCUCUCUAUGAUGACCUGUGAUCUCAGAUGAGGCCACAGAUCUGUGAGCCUCCCAGAUGCAAAGGUGACAUAAAAGCAUUCAUUGUUGGAGUUUCUGUUGUGGCUUAGCAGGUUAAGGACCCAACCUUGUCUCUGGGAGGAUAUGUGUU